AUGGCGUUGGCAGCAGCAUCGUUCCGCCAUUUUGAUGCGGAGGAGGAGGAAUGGGAAUUAUACAAGGAGCAGCUAGAACAAUACUUCGUGAGCAACAGUAUUCAGGAGGCGACGAAAAAGGCAGUGCUAAUCAAUCAUCUUUCAUCGAAAACCUACAAGUUACUCAGGGACCUAUGCACACCAACACAACCGAAAGAUAAAACGUAUGUGGAAUUGUGUACGCUGUUAUCCACACAUUUCACGCCACCAGUGAUCGUGCAUAAGGAAAGGAGAAUAUUUUCCCGUGCUCAGAGGAAUCAAGAUGGACCAGAAACAGUUAAUGAGUGGAUUGCACGGAUUAAGAAUCUAGCCGCCAACUGCAGGUUCGGUAAUUACUUGCCGCAAGCCUUGGUGAACAAGUUUGUCGAUGGUCUGGACGGCAAAGCAUUCGACAGAAUCUGCGAGGAGGACGACACAUUGACGUUGGAAAAAGCACAGGAAAUAGCCUUGAAGUACGAGAUCGACAACACAGUGGCAUUGGGACACCAUUACGUGAAGGGAAGCAGCAACGACACACCGAGAGGAAAAGUCAAAACCGACAGGCAGCGAGGAACGGCUCGAAAGGACGACUACAGAUGCUUUGUUUGCAACAAGACGGGCCAUAUGAAAAGGGAAUGCAAGUUCAAGGACUAUACAUGCCGCGGUUGUGGCGUUAAAGGGCAUCUUCAAGCAGCGUGCGAUGUUCAGCGAACCCACUACGUGAGGGACACGUCGGCACAGGCGACCAUUACCCAGGAAAAUGGUGGCGAUCGGGUGGAGUUGCAGCAAAAUUAUCUUAGUAAGUCGGAAAUUGAUUUUUGUAACGUGGGCAGUUUACACGGUAUUGAGAAACCAAUUGUGUUAGAGGUAGAAGUAGGAAGGGAUCGUUACUCGAUGGAGUUGGACAGUGGGGCUGCUAUAUCUGUAGUAUCGCGGGACAUGUACGAAAAGAAGCUUUCGGCGUGGAAGCUAAGAAAGACGUCGGUGAGAUUGAUGGGCUACAGUGGACAACCGCUGGAUGUACACGGACAGGUAAAAAUCGAAUUGGAGGGAGACGCUAAUCCGGUUUUCAAGAAGCCUAGGCAAGUGCCGUUCAAGUUUCAAGAGCAAGUGAUUCGCGAGUUGGAUAAGAUGGAGGCCGAGGGCAUCAUAACGAAAUGUGACAGCUCACAGUGGGGGACUCCUUUGGUUCCAGUCAUCAAGUCGGACGGGACGGUGAGGCUUUGUGGAGAUUACAAAGUAACCGUUAACAAGAAUGUUAAGGACGUGAAGCAUCCGCUUCCGUCGGCAGAGGAGAUAUUUUCAAAAUUGAACGGCGGUCAAAAAUUUUCUAAAUUGGAUUUGUCCAGAUGCUACAACCAGUUCGAGCUGGAUGAGGAGUCUAAGGGGCUGUGUGCUAUAUCAACGAUGAAGGGAGUGUUUUUGAUGAACCGUUUACCGUUUGGCAUAAAACCAGCAAGUGGUAUUGUACAGAGGGAGCUUGAGAAACUACUAUGUGGUAUACCUGGCGUACAAAACUUUUUGGAUGACGUCAUGGUAACAGGUAGCUCAGAUGAGGAACAUUUGGAGAGGUUGCGAAAAGUUUUUGAGGUGUUACAAAAUGCGGGAUUCAAACUGAACAAGGCCAAGUGCGAGUUCUUCAAAAGUGAAGUGACAUUCUUGGGAUAUGUGGUAGAUAAGGACGGACUGCGGAAGACAGACGAACGUAUUCCUACGAUUGCGGCAAGCAGGAUGCAGCGGUGGGCACAUUUCCUGUCCGGUUUCAGCUAUAGUAUUGAGCAUGUAGGAUCCCAGCAGAACAUUGCAGAUUUUGCUUCGCGGUUUCCAACUGAAUCGUGGACUCUGUGGAAAGAGGGAGAUUCGUAUUUGAACUUUAUUAACCAACCAGAUUGUGAACUAGUGGAUCAGGGCGUACUUGUAAAGGAGAUAUCAAAUGAUGAACAAUUGGGUGUGGUUCUGCAAGUACUGAAGGGCGAACUUCCUCUGUCAGCGUUGCGAGAUAACCCAUAUCGAAGAUUCGUUGAUGAGUUGUCUUUGGAGAGUGGGACCGUGAUGCGAGGGCACAGAGUCGUGGUUCCUUUGAUUUUGCGCAAGAAGAUUUUGGAGCAGCUUCAUAAGUCACAUUUGGGUAUUGUGAAGUCGAAAAGCGUUGCCAGAUCCAGUGUAUGGUGGCCGGAGUUAGAUCGUGAUCUGGAGGAAUUCAUUAAAGAUUGUCCUGCGUGUUUGAUACAGAGCCAUUCUCCUGCAAAAGCAAAACUGAUUCCGUGGGAACCACCAGUACGUGUAUGGAGCCGCUUACACAUUGAUUUUGCCGGACCAGUGAAGGGCAUGAGUUAUUUGAUCAUAGUGGACGCUCUUUCCAAGUGGGUAGAGGUUUUUCCGACAAAGUGUUGCACGUCGGAAUUCGUACUAGACAAAUUGGUAGAAUGCAUUUCGAGGUUUGGAUUGUUCGAUGAAUUGGUAAGUGAUAACGGGACCCAGUUUGUUGCAAGUAACGUGCAAGCGUUUUUAAAAGCGAAUGGAAUUAGACAUAGAUUGACAAGUCCGGGACAUCCUGCCACUAACGGAGAAGCAGAAAACAUGGUGAAAACGUUCAAGAACUCCCUGUUGAAGUGUCUGAAAGACACUCAGAAAAGCGUGAGGAGUAUUGUUGCUAAUUUCUUGAUCGGUUAUCGGAAGUCGAUCCACUGCACAACUCGUAUGUCACCGUCGCAGAUGAUGCUGGGAAGAGAUCUCAAGACGAGUUUGGAUCUAAUGCAGUCACGUGCAGCGGAGAGCAGUAAGCAGGAAGGCGUGGCCAAGGGCAACAUUUUGAGGAAGCAACAAGUACAGAUUAGAUGUUAUCGGGGAACGCGUGAUGUAAGAUUCAAGGUUGGAGACCCCGUUAUUGUACGAGACUACACUGACCCAAACAAGGCAUCUUGGACAUCUGCAGUAAUUGUCGAAGUAGAAGGUCCACGCAAUUACUAUGUUCGGCUGUCUAAGUCGGGCAGAAUCAUCAAACGACAUCUCAACCAAAUUAAAAGCGAUACUAGGAGAGCUACACAACAAGAUGAUCCUCAAGCACUUCCAGCAGCUGUCAAGAGAGAUUACGGACCUGUAAAGCGUUCGAAUACAGCUUGGCCUCAUCGUGAAGAUAGAGUUAGGGCUCAUCAGGAGUUUGAAUCAGUACCGGAGAUAGCGGAACCGUCUCCGUCUGCUAUAGCCGUUGAAGCUGAGAUGGGAAAUCCGAGUGAGCAAUCAUUAAGUGGCGGGAACAUGGUGAUUCCAAACACUGGCGAGGUAGAGAGGGAGUUAGAUCCUGAGGAGGGAGAGGAUUUAGGAUUGGAACCUAAUCAGGUAGAAGGCAAUCGGGAAUCAAUUGAGGUGCCGGUAAAUUCGGAGUCGAAUUGUUCUUACUGA